AUGAACAUACAAAAGGCGCUGCACAGGGUGUACAAUCAGCUCGUAGUAUCUAACGUUAACAUUAAUGUACCAUGUAGUUACUUCGUUAGACAAAAUCAUGACAAAGCGGAUCUGAACGAGCACAGGGCUAAGGUAAUGGGCAGAGGGCUGCCUGUCAAAAAACCCCUGCCUGGUGUAAAAAGCAUAGUUCUGGUAGCUUCUGGUAAAGGUGGUGUUGGAAAAACUACCACAGCAGUGAAUCUCGCAUGUGCCAUGAAAGUGAUAGAGCCAGACAAGGAGAUAGGUCUCCUAGAUGCAGACGUGUUUGGCCCUUCUGUACCUCUGAUGAUGAAUAUUAGUGGAGAGCCCAUGCUUAAUGACGAUAACCUCAUUGAACCAUUGCUUAAUUAUGGUGUUAAAUGUAUGUCUAUGGGACUGCUAGUAGCAGGCGAGAACGCUGUAGUAUGGCGUGGACUUAUGGUCAUGCAGGCCUUGGAGCGAUUGACGCGACACGUCGCAUGGGGCCCCCUCGAUUGCCUCAUUGUGGACACGCCCCCUGGCACUGGGGACACACACUUGUCACUGGCGCAGAACUUGCCUAUUGACGGGGCCAUUGUAGUGACGACGCCGCAGUCCGCCGCGCUCCAAGUAACCAAGCGAGGCGUCAACAUGUUCGAAAAACUCAAAGUUCCUAUUGUCGGCUUGGUGGAGAACAUGUCGCAUGCCAUUUGUCACAGAUGCGGCACAAAAAAUUAUGUCUUUGGCACGGAGACGAAAAAAACUGCUGACCAAUUGAAUCUCGAGAUAAUUCAAAGCUUCGAAGUGGAUCAAGAUAUGUCCGAAUGCAUCAACAGCGGCAAGCCGGCAAUCUACGCCCUCCCAGAUAGCAUACACGCGGAGAAAUACAGACACCUCGCUAACAGGGUGUUCAAAUACAUAGCGAAGAAGGACACCGAAAGGGUUAAAGCAACAAAGUAGAAGCACAAAAUAUCUAAAUUUAGUUGUUAAAUUUCUCUUUAUUUGUAAAUAUUUUACAUAAACUAUCAUUUAUAAUAAAUGACUUACACAAUAACAUAAAACUUUAUGGCAAAUAUCAUAAGAAUCCCUAUUGAAAACAUUAUGCCAAAGAGCAAAGCAAUACCUGUUCAAAACCGUUUAGAUACCUCCAAUGAACACUUAGUCAAUUUAUUUUUUUAUGGUAAUUUUCUGUUAUUUUCGUAAACAGCCAUAUUUAAAUAAUAAUGUUAUGCUCCCCGAAUAUUGUGCAAAGAAAAUGUCUUUUUUAACAAAAUACAAAUAAACAAAAUUUGGGGGAGGGGGGACAAAAAAGGUUUGUAUGUAUG